AUGAAGUAAGUGUAUCGAAGUACCUAACAUGUGAUCUUUGACUGGUAAAAAGUUAAAAUUGUCCGUAGAAAUUAUUCAGAAGGACGACACUGAUAGCACGAUCAGACCUGAAAGUAGCUCUUCUGUAAUGCACUUAUAAAUUUAGAAAAUAUCCAUUGAGAUAAAAACUAUUAUGUUGCCACCUUAAAAUGAACGAGGUGCCAUUUACCCUGACUUUGAGGAACGUCCCAUGCGAACUAAUUUAGUAUGUAGAAAUUUGCAUACUUCGUCAGAGGCUUACAAACAAUUCUCAAAAUUGCCUCAAAGGAUAUUAAGUACGUUUUUAGGGAAUGUCGGACAUGUAUGAGCGGUAAACUAAGCCGUGAUGUAAAAAUAAUCGAACAAAAUAAGCGUCUGAGUAACUGGUUCUGCUGUUUUCAGAGAAAAUUAACGUCUUUCUUUCUAAUAGCUGCCUAGAGAACCUAGAAAAGUUGACGUGGGAGACAUUCAAGGAGAUGGAUUCUGACAACUCCGGAACGAUAAGCUUCGAUGAAUUUAAGGCUGUUAUGCAAAAGAAGUCUCAAUCUGGCAAAGUUGACGAAGCCAACCUUCGAGCUCUCUUUGACAGCCUCGACGCUGAUAAGAGCGGUGACCUGAGUCUUGAGGAGCUGAAAAAAAUGUUUAAAAACUAG